AUGGCGAGGGUUGUGGUCGUAAUUGAUAAUUUCGGAUUUGAUUUUUGGUGGUGCUUGAGUGGUGGUGGUGAUGGCAAUGGCGAUGCAAUAGUUGUGGAAACGGAAGAGGAUAACUCUAACUUCAAUGACUCUGACAAUGAUAUAUCGUCCGAUGCAGACGAUCCGGACAUCGAUGAUAUGGAAUAUCCAUCGAUUGAAGAACUAUUGUCCGGUGUAUCAUCUGACGAUGAGGUAGGGUAUCGAUUUUCAGAGUUUAGGGCUGAAAUGGAUAUGCGUGAUCCGAAGUUUGAGGUAGGUCAAUUGUUCAAUUCUAUUCAAGAAUUUAGGAAGGCAAUUUGGGCUUAUGGUGCAGUGAACGGCUAUAAUAUUAAGUGUAAGGCGAAUGACGAAAGAAGAGUUCAAGGCAUCCGUAAAUCAGAAUGCAAAUGGAGAAUAUGGGCUUCUAAGAUGAAUAAUUCUGAAACUGUUCAGAAUCAGCAGUUCAAGGUAGAUCCAGAGUGGAAAACGAAAAGUAUGCAAGCAACCAUAAAGGAGGAUUUAAAAGUAAACAUUACUAGAAAUGUCGCUUGGAAGGCGAGAACAUAUGCGAAACAACUGAUAAACAGGACUAUCGAAGAACAAUUUGUGUCGCUAAGGUCGUACGCGACUAAGGUAUUGAGGACUAAUCCAGGAUCCACAGUGAUGAUAGGACUUAGUGGACAGGUGUUUCAAGGUAUAUACAUCUGUUUUAGUGCUUGUAAAUUAGGGUUUCAACAUGGGUGUAGAAAAAUCAUUGGAGUGGACGGGUGCCAUCUUUGGGGUGUUUGGGCUAGUAUACUGCUCACUGCAGUCGGCCUAGAUGCAAAUGACUGUAUCUAUCCUAUUGCAUAUGUUGUUGUUCAAAAGGAGAACAAGAUUGCUUGGAGAUGA